AUGACACCGGAUUCGAAGCUGCUUGAGGUCUUUCAAGACGUGGAGUCUCAUAGUGAGGUAUCGGACAUGAAGAUGAUCACGCCAAUCAUCUCAGCUCUGAGCUGUCAUCAGUCUCUCGAACUUGUCAUCAACUAUUUCAAAAUGGUCAACACACGAGCCAACAAAUACCCGAGCUUGGACUCACCCCCUACUGGGUUCAAGAGGUCAGCUAAAGCAGCAGGCCUCCUCGACGAUUCAGCUCGUGCUGGAAUCAAGAAACCAGGUGAAGAAGCAGCCCUCGCUGGAGACGUCCGUACAGACAAUGAUGGAAGUCAAGUGGCAAUAUUGCAACCUCAAGGUCCGCCAGACUUGGGAGCCGCUCCCUCCAAGCUGUCCAUGUCCGACCUUGGCAGCUUCCCUACAACGGGAAUUGUCGGCCGUGCAAAAGCCACCCUCGCCAAUGUCCUCAGUGCACGGUUCCCUGAAGUACGAAGAAUCAUCUCCCGCGACCUCAAUCGGCGUGAUCGACGUAUGAUGUUGCGGACCUGUCACAAUCUCCGUGUCAGCAUCAACAGCCAGGACCAUCUUGCGCCUUUCUCCAAGUAUUUCAGCGGUCGCUGCGACGCCCAGGUACCCGGGUGGGGAGAAGCGGGAGCAGGUCUUUACAGCGACAAAGUUAGGCACUCUCUCUCGAGACCUUGUUCGAACUGGGACGGCCCAUACUCCAUCAUUAAAUUGUGCGAAGGGCCUAGAAUCUUGAAAAAGGCCGCUUGCGAUGGCACACGUGGUGUGUGUGUGCGGUGCGUGCGUGAUGCAACUGAUCUUGCGGACCCCGGUGGUACAAGACAAUGCCUUCCCAACUUCGGUGUCACACCUAUCUGCGAUGCUUGUUUCGUUUCCACGAAUUCCCGCAUGCUCAAAAGUUGCAGGUGUACCGGCCUCCCUCGGGCAGCUGGCGAGAGAAAUGUAUGGGACUUGUGGCUCUGCUUUGCAUGCCAGCUAGCGUACAAUGUGGAACAGGCCCAAUUUGCCGAUGACAUGGCGCGCGCUUAUCUUUACAUGAAGAAGAACAAACACACCAAUACCCUCGAAUAUCUUCCCAACGCUAAAAUCAGUUCGGCAAAGCUGCCAACAUGUCCGUGCGGAGACGCAAGGCUUCGAACCAAAGUCAAGGAUGGUGGAAGCGCAAGCGCAUACGGAAUGUGCGUGUGGUGUGGAGGGUUGAAAACGACACGAUUCCACGGCUUAUCUGUAAUUGCGAAAAGUAUCUGGGAAGAGGACGGACCAGCCUGGCGAAUAAGAGGUGAGGUUCGCAUUGCAGACCAGGUCAUCCCAAAGGAAGCUCUCAUUGCUAUACACAACCAGAUCAAGCAGAAGGGAUUGCCACCACCUCUACCCAGGGGAGCAAACAAAUACUGGUCAUAUGCUAGCGUUACGGACGAGCCCAGGUUACUAGACGAGCAAUUGCGCAACGAGUACGAGACUGAGAGGAGAAAACAUCCAGAAGACAGGAAGAGAUUGAACUGGGAUGAUCGGGAAGGAUUCAUUCGAAACUUCCGAUGGCAAACACUUGCUGGGUCCGGGCACCCAUGGUGA